AUGCAAUACGGUCUCUGGAUUCCAUUGCUCGGGCAGCUGGCGCUUGGACUGUUGGUCUUUGGCGAGCCAAAUAGAACGGAGUUGAAUCAUGUUGUCGACCGAGUUUUUUCGCGUCAAAAACGUUUCGUAUUAUUUCCAAAGGGCUCGAAUUUGAAAUUUACGGGCUCUAUGAGCAAAGGUUUGCUCUCGCGUUUCCCCAAGGGCAUCUCAAUGACCAUUGAGCAGGCCUGUUACUUUCCGGUACCAUCGAGUCGUGAGGAUGUCUAUCCAAAACGCUUUCGCCCGCGGACAACAACAACGCCAGCGCCAAAAAGCACAGAGCCGACAUAUGUUUGGAUCGCAGGUACCGAUUGGAGAUUUAAGGCAACGCCAGUUAAGAAGCCGACACCAAUAAGGCUUCAUCAACGCAUUGACUACAGGCCCCAAGCGCCGAGCUAUGUUGAUCCAGCAAAAUGGAAGCAGUGGUCCAAGUAUGGAGAGUAUUACAAAAAUUGGACGCCAGCAAAACCGUAUUAUAAGAAAUAUAGCCAGCCAGCAAAGUGGAGUAAGUGGACAACUCAAUCGCCGAAUUGGAACAAAUAUGGCAAGCGCUGGCACAGAUCGGCUGAAUCGCAGCUACAAGAGGAGCAGGAUCCAGUCGUAGAAGAUCUUGACCAGUAUCCCGAUUCAGCGCCCUACAAAGCUGAUAUAUAUCCCGAUCUGGAGCACGCCAGAGAUUCGCAGCAUUUUCAUGGCCAUCGGGAUCGUCGGCAGCUGUUCGAGAACUUUAGCGCUUUUGGCAAGCUUUUAGGUAUUGAAACCAAGUCCUGCAUACUGCGCGCCAUUUGCGAUAGCAAGCGCUUGCUGCUGCCACCUGGUUAUUCCAUGUUGCAGGACAUAGUGCGCUUGAUCUUUACACUGCCCACAAUAUCAGGCGUGGAGGAUGACUACAGCCGCAUUAUGCGCAUGAAUCCAGAGGAUUGUGACCGCAUCUUCAGGAGUCGCUGUAAACUGAAUCUUUUAGGUUGGCUGCUAGAUGGCAAAUGGGGUCAUUGA